CGAGGGACUGUUCGCCGCAGGUCUGUAAGCGAUACUGAAGACUCUGCCCAACGCCCUUCUCAACGCCAUCGCACGUCGGACACUGUUCCUCACACGUCCACCCCCUUCCCUUCAUCCUUCACCACGACCCGUACAACCGAGGCCGCCUCACGCACCAUGGGGCCCCCUGUGUCAUCGAACGGCACAAGCAAUGGUGUCUCUGAUGGCUCUCCCUCUGCCCUCGCAGUCAACGGUGGUCCCUACAACCUCACUCCGUCAAUCAUUGAGCAAGUCCAGUCAUACCGCCCCAGUGGCAAUCUGGCCUACGCCGAUGACAAGGAUUGGUCCGCCACUCAAGAUGCCGACUUCAUGAGGGCGGACAGUUCGGUGGCAAAUAUCGUUGAUUCGUCACGGGCUCGGGCCCUGCAGCGCAGUCAACCACUCGGGCGCCGCAUGCCAAUCGACCGUGAGGAGCUUGUCCGACUCAUGCUCCAAGGCCUUCAUGACAUGGGAUACCAUCAAGCAGGAGAGGUUCUCGCCAAAGAAUCAGGCUACACGCUCGCAACCCGCGCGGCGCGUGACUUUGAGGCCGCCAUUUUGGGAGGGCGAUGGGCUGAAGCCACCGCCCUCCUUCCAGCUGUGGGCAUCGCCCCCGCCCCGGAGACCUCCGUCAACACAUCUGAACCUGAGUCAUCGCGCAACAGCAUCUCUUCGAGCAAGACGAAGGCCACAACUCACGAGCACCCCAUUGAUCGCGCAAAGUACCUCAUCGCGCGGCAGAAGUACCUCGAGUUCCUUGAAGCCGGGCAUCAGAAGAAAGCGCUUUACGUGCUGAGAAAUGAACUCGCGGCGUGUGCCGCUGACUCCUCCUCACUGCACGAUCUCUCUGGGUAUAUGAUGUGUUCAGUAAACGAUGACCUCUACGAACGAGCCAAGUGGGAUGGUGCAGCUGGCAUUUCGCGUCGACAGCUGCUCGAACGUCUCCAGGAAGACAUUUCACCCAAGAUCAUGGUACCACAGCGGCGCUUGGCCACUCUGCUCGAUCAAGCUCGACAGCACCAGCAGUUAACCUGCCUCUUCCACGACGACAACGAGCCCAUAUCUCUAUACACCGACCACGUUUGCAGCAGCGGCUCGUUCCCAUCGGUGACAACACAUGUCCUCAUGGACCACAAAGACGAAGUCUGGAGGAUCGAGUGGAGCCCGGACGGCUACAUGCUAGCGUCGGCAAGCAAGGAUAAGACGGUCGUCAUCUGGCAGCUCAAACCGCCCUCGGCGGAAAACGGUCAGCAGUAUUCAAUCAGCUUUUUACACCACCUCAAGGGCCAUCGCGGGGCUGUUGACGCGAUGGCUUGGUCACCCGACAGCCAGACCCUUGUGACUGCCUCGGACGAGCAGAUCUUCAUCUGGGACGUUAAGCAGGGUCGGCGGUCGGACGUGACACUCGAGGACACUCCCCACAAGGACGAAAUUAGCGCAGUGCAGUGGCUUCCAGACGGGUCGCAGUUCGUCGUAUGUUCUCUGGACCCCAGGGUCGUGUUCUAUGACCGCUCAGGAACCAUCACCCGCAAUUGGAGCCUGGGAAACAUGCAAUUACGCGACUUUGCCAUCACGCCCGACUGCUCUCGCAUCGUUGCGGCCACGACCUGGCUCCGCCGCGUUCCUGUUCAGAAUCAAUUAACGCAGUCUAGCUCGCAGCGUCCAGAGGUGGACGUCACGCGUGCACGCCGCAAUGACGACUCAUUUGAGUAUGGCAACAUGGACCGCGGCGUUGUGGUCAUCCGAAUCGAUAACCAUGAGGUCAUCGACUUCACCUCUGACACGAAGCAGGUCGAUGUCACGAGUGUCAAGCUUUCGCAUGAUGGCAAGAGCGUACUCGUCAGCUGCAUGCCCGACGAGUUACAGCUGUACUCUCUAGAGGGAAGACUGCAGCUCACUCGCACGUUCGUUGGGCAUGUCCAUGCACGGUUCCAGAUGAAGAGCUGCUUCGGUGCGCCCAGAGACCGCUUCGUGCUCAGCGGAAGUGAGGAUGGUUACGUGUAUGUGUGGCAGAAUAAUAAUACGACCCCCAUUGAGGUCCUCUCAGGCCACACCGCGUCCGUCAACGCCGUUGCGUGGAACCCGAUCCUCAGCCGCAAGCUCUUCGCGUCAUGUAGUGACGACGGUACCAUCCGCAUUUGGCAGCCGCCUCUGCCCGAGGGUGGGGCAACGGCCCCUUCAGAUGGGGAUGUUGGUAUGGAGCUGUAGGCUGGCAGAGCGCACGUCAU